AUCUGGAAACUCGUGGUCUAGCCAUUGCCGAACCGGAAGAACUUAGUGAGGAGGAGCGCCCUCUUGCUACGUACUGGGUCGACUUCGUUCAUCUACGGUCAACCAUGCAGCGAGAGGAACACAGCCUAUCUGCAAUACCUGUUCUGGCGGAUGCCAUACGAGCCAAUCAAAUGUGUCGACAUGACGGGCUUCAAACGGAUCAUCAAAGAGCGUUUCAGUCUCUUCAACUAUACUAAGUUUUUGGCUGCCUCCAGACCCGCUGAUACUCUGUAUGCAGAUCAUAUGAACCUCACCAGGUUUCCUGUCUCACUCGUUAGGGCGCUUCCCAAUUUGGAGCUCAUUGAUCUCCAGGGCAAUAACAUCAGAAGGCUGCCCAUCCGUAUGCACUUGGUUGCUCCAAAAUUGGAUAAGCUCCUGGUGGCAGAUAACAAAGUAGCCAUCCCAAAAUCCAAGCCCCUCAUGGUGUCCGACAGCAUCCGCACUUUGAUGCUCAGCAACAAUGGUAUCGAGCGCAUUUUCAAGUACACGUUUGCUAAACUGCCUGCUUUACAAGUUCUCUACUUGGAUGGAAACAAGCUCAGAAAUAUUGCACCUAUUGUAGGAGUACUACCUAGCUUGAAAUACUUGCACGUCGGAAGAAACUAUCUGGAAACCAUUCCGCCACAGAACCUAAAGUACUAUGUCACCAAGGAUCAGAAAACUCCAGAAUAUUGAAUAAGAAGGAUGUGAUAUGGCAAAAUUGCAGUAGUACUGAAAUUGCAAUGUUCGUAAAUGUAAUUUGCCCACAUGAAUAUUUCGAAAACUGCGUAUUCAUUGAAAAAGUUCCCAACAAAAGCUGUAGGGCUUCGAGGGGAAAAUGAAGGUGACCUUGGCAAUUGUUUUGAGUACGACCUUCAAGGUUCUUUCAAGGUUAAAUAAAUACUUUCAAAGAAACUCCCCUUUCUUCACAUCGGAAUUGAAAAGCGGAGCGAAAUUUACGUUUGAUCACCACCUUGUCGAUGACCUUGACUACUACCUUCAAGGCCAUUUCAAGGCCAAAAUCAAGACAUCGAAAACGAUUUGUUCUAGUAAAAAUGUUCAACAGCAUUGUUGUGAGGUAUGUGAGAAUCACGGUGACCUUGACCAUGACCUCCAACAUCAAGUCAAAAUUUACAUAGGGAACCUCUCAUUUUAAUACUGGGAAUGGAAACAUUAGUAAAUUUAACGUCCGACUGUGGCCUUGACCUCAGAUAACAUUUAAGCUUGACACGACCAUGAAUUUGCGGUCAAGGUCAUAUUCGGACUUAAAACUUCCUGCUUUUUCCAUUUCAAGUAUAAAAAUGAGAGGAUUCUUUUGGAAAUUUUGACCUGACCUUGAAGUUGUUGGUCAAUAUGACGAUCAAGGUCACCUUCACAACAUAAUGUUGUCAAACAUUUUUGCUAGAGCGAAUUGUCUUCGUUGGCUUGAUUUGACCUUAAAGUGGCAUUGAAGGCACUGGUCAAGAUCAUCGGCAAGGUGACGUUUAGACAUAAAAUUUGCUUCUAUUUUUAAUUCCGAUGUAAAAGGGAGAGCUCUAUUUGAAAAUAUUCAGCUGACCUUGAAAUCACAUUGCAUGUGGUAGUUCAUGUCUCUGUCAAGGUCUGAAACUUUUUCGAGAUAUUCAGGUGGGGAGACACCAUGUACAGGUAUAUCUAGAGAAGUUAAGAUAUACUUUGUUAUACAUGGUGUUCCAUAGAAAUGAUGGUGCUUGGGCAUUAUUAUCCAUUUAGCAGAGGUAUAGCAAGCAGCUAAUUGGGCACAUAUCAGAUUUUAAUGCAUAAUUUUUUUCCAAAAUAUGCCAUUAGGUUUCAGUUACACUCAAUUGUAUGUCAAAAAUUAAGUAAGAUAUCUUAGUAUAAGCGGCAGUGAUAUUUUCUAUCUUCAUAAACAUAGUCUCCGAACAUAUAACAACAGUUGAUUCAGGAAUACCCACUUUAGUUUUGUUCGAACGUUGUUUUUUAAGCCUAUUAUAUUUGUUGCUACUUUCAUACAUUUUUGAUCUAGUUAUAAUGAACUUGUAUAUUUUUGUACUUUGGGUUUGACUGGAAUAUAUUUUUGUACAAUAACCACUAAUAUAUUAUUAAGUUCAGUUUUGAAGAGCGUGCUGAUAUAUAUAUAUAUACUGGAUGUUAUUUUAUUUAGAUAUUGAGCAUUAUGUGCAAACUGAAUCAUUUUCUGAUGAGACCGUAUCCACUAGCAAUGUCAAAGGAACAGUAUUCUCCUCGGGGUUAAUUCUUGGAAUUAGGAGCAGAAUAGCUGAGAGAAAGUGGGCGAGUAGUCUAAUCAUACAAGCAAAUUUUCCCGAAAUAAUUGUAAAGUUGGGUUUUGUUGAUGCAAGUUGUUCAAGGGGGUAUUUAAAGUAUGGACGCAUAAAAUGGGUACAGCAAUUUUUGUGGGUAAACUUUUUAUUCGCAACAAAGAAUGAGAAAACGUGUUCUUUGGAAUUUAAUUGAAAGUGUUGGCAGAAACGAAAAAACUCUUCAUACAAGAUUUUUAGAUAUUCAUGAGACCUACAAAAUGAGAUUACAUGUAAAAAGAUCCGACUAAUAGUAAAAAAGUUAUAGCCGAAAACCAAGACAAAAUGCAGGUUUUGGCACUUGUUGCUUAUGCGACGAUAAUUCCACGCAGCUACUUGAAAUUAUACUAAGUGACAUAUAAAUCC